UUAGUCUGUUAUUUUGCCGUAAAUUAAUAGGCGGUAAAUGCAAAAUGUUCAAUUUAAAUCUAAUGUGACAGUGAAAAAACUUAUUCAUCAUUAAACAAUCAAUUUCUCUUUAGAUAUGUGCCAGAGUUCCAAAAAUUUUAUUAGAGCCCUAGUUCACCGUCAAAGUUUUUUUUUACAGAGACUAAACAUAACCUUAUUUUUUUAAUACUAUAUUAACUAUGUAAAAGCAGAGAUAUAAAUACCUAUGUAUAUUCUACAUGAUUAAUAUGCGUUAGAUACGCACCUUUUUUAAUUGCGUGAUUUAAAAGUGAUAUUGAAUAUUUAAAUUGGUACCUAGGUAAUUAUUAAUUUCAUGACCUUUGAACUAAAUACUUAAUAGUCAUUUCUGUUUCCAUUUUAUAAGUAGUAAAUCAAACCUAAUGUAGUUUUGAAACUGAAAUGUUAAACAUACGCAAUGAAGAAUUUAUUAAAUUAUAAAAGCUUGGUUCAUGCUACUGCUGGUGCUACAGGAAGUGUAGUUGCUCUAACAUGCCUUUAUCCUUUAGAUAAUGUAAAAUUUCGUAUUCAGGCAAAUGAUAAGGAAUUAGUAGAUAAGUCGACAAUCCAGGCAAUAUUACAUGUGAUAAGAAAAGAAGGAAUUGAAUCUUUAUACCGAGGUAUAAAACCUGUGAUAACAAGUGCAGGAAUAUCAAAUUUUGUAUAUUUUUAUACAUUUCAUGGUUUAAAGAGCCUAUUGCCAAAAUAUGUAGAAAUAAAUGCCAAAACAGAUCUAGUCAUAAGCACAAUAGCUGGUGUUGUAAAUGUAUUGUUAACCACACCUUUGUGGGUUGUUAAUAGUAGACUGAAAUUGCCACAAGAAGUACUAUACAAUGGAUUGAUUGAUGGUUUGGUACAUGUUGCCAAAGUAGAAGGAUUACAAGGCCUUUGGAAAGGCAUUGGGCCUUCUUUGAUUUUAGUUUCUAAUCCUGUUAUACAUUUUACAGUAUAUGAAUCUUUAAAACGAAAAGUUACUCUUAACUCAGCAACGGCAUUUUUCCUUUUAGGUGCUCUUUCAAAAACCGUAGCUACUGUAUUAACUUAUCCCCUACAGUUAGCACAGACAAGACAGAGAUUAUAUGUGAAUAAAAAAAUAAAUACAGCUACAUUAUUAUUUUUGGUAGUAAAAAAUAAUGGUCUCAAGGGCUUAUAUCAAGGUUUAGAAAGUAAAAUGUUGCAAACAGUUCUUUCUGCAGCUCUAAUGUUUAUGACUUAUGAAAAAAUUGCUCAAACAGUUUUUAGAUUGUUAUUAAAGGACAAACAUAGAAAAUGAUAUUUUUUAAGUUUGUUAGAGUUAUGUAACAUUUUAGUUUUAAUAAAAUGGUAAAAAAUUUGAUACGUAAAGACCAAACUAUUUUACUACUUUUCUAUAUGAGAAUGCUUUAGCUAGGUAAUAUAUAUGAAUGAAAAGUCAUUUGUAUUUAGGAAAAUUGAGAACCCUGGAGCAAGAAGGGGAAAUCUUUUUUAAAUAGAUAAUUGCAGAUGUAUAUCUAAAAAUAUAUACUUAUAAUAAUGUAAAUCUGUAUUUAAAAGUGUACUCUUUGUCAGAUACAAAUAUGAAAUCUGUGGGCUUAACAGACCAAAUUAUAAGAUAAGAUAAAAUCACUUAUCCCCUGCUAUAGACUGAUGCAGGAAUGGGAUAAGUUACAUGAAAAUCGUCCUGAACUAUUUACACAUCCCCAUCCCAUUUUUGAACUACGGUCUACAAUUAUUUUAAAUGUUAAGCAAUUAGGCAACAUAUUUACUAAAUUAAAAGAUAUUUAUGUGCCUUUCUGCAA